AUGCUUGUGUUCAAUGAUGGGCAUGGUGAAUUGAUCAAUUUAGUGACCGGCAACGUUGUUUCGCCCAACUUAAAUUUUGAAGACGAUGGUUGUUUGUUGGUUCGAUCUGAAAUAUCGAAAACACAAAGUAGACCACUAACAGAAUGUCAAAUUUCUAAUUUUGAACAGCCUGGUGCGAGUGACAUUCAAAAGAAUAAAGAUGUUACUAAAGCUGAAGAACAGUUAAGUAGAAAAGAAAUGAUUACCACAACCGGAGACAUUACACUUAGUUUAAAUCAACUUAAAUUGGAAACAGCAUCAGAAUGUGAUGUGCGCGAGCCAAUUAUUACUGAUAAAGGUCUAUGCUUAUACAAUCCAAGUGUAAUCGACUUAUUGUUAUUUCCGACCUCUAACAAAAAUUGCAUAUUCUAUGAUUUUGAACAUGGUAAUUUUGACCAAUUUAAAGUAACCAUGGAUUAUGAUCAUGCGGAUGUUGUUCGAAUGAGAAAUGAUCGAAAUCAGACACUUCUACAUAUUAGUGCUAUUCGAUUAGUUCCUUAUGUAUGGUUACGUCUAUUACUUAUGCGGAACAUCGAUCCUACUGCACAAGACAAUGACGGAUACACAGCUGCUCAUUACGCCGUUGAAUGGAAUAACGUAGAAAUUCUGAAAGCUUUGACUGUUCGUUGCCACUCAGUCCAGGUACUUUCAGAUAUGGAAAUCACAAAUAUUCAUUGCCAAUGCUUACAAGCAUUAGACAUUAGAGAAUUCUCUGGUCAGUAAUAUAGGUUGUUACUCAAGUACAGACAUUUAACAUUUGCUUUUUAUAGGUGGACUCACUGUAUUCCUGCUUGCAUGUAAAAAACAAGCGGUGGAUUGUAUCAAGUAUAUUCACCAGUUAGGUCGUUAUGAGAUUAAUACUCAAGACCGGUAUGGAGAUACAGCUUUACAUUAUGUUGUUAGCCAAAAUAAUAUUUUAUUAACUAAUUUUCUGAUUGACGAAUGUCGAGCGGAUACUAAUGGUGGUAAAACUGAUCGUCCAAGUGUAUUGGAUGUCGCUCACUACAACAAUAACUUAGAGAUAAAAGAGAUAUUGCUAAGGCACAAUGCAAGGUCUCGAUGUCGCAUUGAAAAGCAAAUAAAAGCAAUACAGAAUAUUUCAAAAUGAAUGGAGAGAUAGGAAACGUCAGCAAUUCUUACUUUAUUAUUUUUUUUAAGCAUCUUUUAUUUGUGCAAUAAUGAUUAAAAAAUAAAAUACAACAACCAGAGAAAAACUCUUAUACGACAAUUCGGGAUAUCCCAUUGUAUGCCGGAUUCUACAUGAACACACUAGAAUAAAAUAAGUAUAUAGAGAAGAGAGAGUAUACUAGUGUUGGUGAGAGAGAGAAUUUGGAAUCGACUUAUGAGAUCCACCCUAUUCGUGUGACAUCCUGCUGGUGAAGGUUUAGUACAUCAUGACUGAUUGAAUCUUCCGGUGGUAUCAGUGAAUUGGACGAUGGCUGUAUACACUCUUAUCAGGUCCUGCUUAAGCAGUGCUCGAAUAGAUUCAUGUUUCAAAAGUAUGUGCUUCAACAUAAUGUGAUUACAAGGACAAUACGCAGUUGCUCAAACAUAAAGUUACGAGACUUAUCAUGAAGAGCACAGUCCAUAAAAAAUUCUUUAGUAGUCUCCCUAUUAAAGCCACAUGCACACGCCGGUGACUUUUCUAAUCCACCUCUAAUAAAGAGAUAAUCAUUUAGUUGAGGAUUAUCAACUCUACAUCGCGUAUGAUGUAUCUCCAAUCGCCGAUCACGCAUUAAUGGUAAACGAAAGGACGGAGUAUAUUGCAGGACUAAUUUAAGUUUGAAAUCAGUCAAUUUAUGUGUUGAACGUAUAUCAUUUUGUUGACUCAAUAAUGAACAAAUCGUAAGUUUCAAAAUGAUUUAAUUCAAAUCUUAAUCAGGUUUUGUUUUAUUUGUUUUAAAUAAUAUUUUUAUUUAUAAUUAGAGGAUUUUGUUCUUUUAAAUCAUUUUAAUAACGAUAAACAACGCGAAGAAGAUAUUUAUUUUGAAUCUUUAAUCAAUUCUCAUAUUGAUUUUAUUCGAAUUAAAUCAGAUUUUGAUUGUUUACGUCAAUUCAUGUAAUAAAAUACAACAAACAAAACUUUUUUUUCAUAAAGAUUAAAAUUCUUUUAUUUCAUCAAAUAAUAAAUCAUUUAAUAAUUUCAUCUAUUAAAUAAAGAUAUCUUCUCAUAAUUCAAUACUAUUGAUUCGUACGACGAGUUUUCAAACAAUUGUAAACAUUGUAAUAUGUCGAUUGUUGAUUAUACAGUUCUGACGGAAACUAGACAGUCGGAUGAUGGAGGAGAUUCUCUUUAGAAGAAUAAAGUAUGCCAAAUGGAAUCUUUUUUAUCUGACAAUGAUUGAUGAAAAUCUCCUCUGUGUAUUUUAUCUGUUCUAUGAUUUUUGUUACAUUUGUAUGUCAAAUCAAUCAUAUAUAUACCGACACGCAAGUUUUAUACAAGGUAGCUGUUAGAUGCUUUCAUUCAUUUCGGUAAAUUGUUAUUAUAUGUUAACUUAGACUUCUGCUGAUGCUUGCAGAACAAAUCAAAUGAAGAAUGAGCAAAAAUACUUGAUCAAUAUCAAUGAAAGAAAUUGUAAAUGACUGAUAUAUGUAUCGUUUGAGUUAACUCAUUCGUUCGUUUUUGAGUAGUGAAUCAGCAUAUUUUAUUUUUCACAUUUCCUUUCGGGGUCGUCGGAAGUGAGCGAAACUGGGCGUGAACCUAACUUGAGUCCACAGUCUAUGGUUCACCCAUGUUGGCUGUAAUAUGAAGAGAAUUCUCAAUAGAUGUCCUUUGUGAUCGUAUGGUUUUUCAUGAAAUUCUUUUAUUAGCCUUUUCCUUUUUUCUCUUAUAUAUUUUGGCAUCAAUUUCUGGCCAAUUAUUAAUAAAAAUAGUUUUGAAUUUUUAUAAUUAAUUAAUAGUUUUAAUUAAUAUUUAAAGCACUUUUCGCUGAAAAAGUGCGCUCUUUGGUGGAAAAUACACCAUUUAUGCGAGGUUUCGCGAAAAAAUUCUGAAAAACCAGGUGCAUUUUUUAAUGAUAGGACUCAAUUAAUCAAUUUUGCAAUUUGUACUCAUAUGAAACCUAUCAUUCUUCUGGCUCGUCGCUCUGCCCAUAUCACGGCGGCUUUUACAGAAAGUUGGACAUGACUAUCCUUCAUUUAUUUUAGUAUCAGGUUGGGGUUAAUUUUCUGGAACACUUUUUCUAACGUGAAUAUCGGACG